AUGUCGAAAGCCAUAGUAAAAACUACGUUUGAGGCGACACGCACUCUUCGCCCCAUUUACACGGGCGGAAGCACCGCGCUGGAUGCCAGUGGCCGCAUCUUACUGUCAUGCGUGGGCGAGGAUGCCCUGAUUCUGGAUAUGGAGACUGGAGAUCAGCUGGCCAGUCUUGAAGGGGAUGGAGAAAUAAUUACUAGUUUGGCGAUUACGCCAUCUGCAUCACACGCGAUCGUCUGCUCGCGCUCAAUGUCCAUGCGCAUUUACUCCCUGUCACUCUUCGACGAUUCCUCUCAAACCAUUGAAACCGAACUACUCCGAACGGUCAAACCCCACACAGCUCCCGUGGUGACCACGGCCGUUGAUCCUACGGGGACAUUACUCGCGACUGGUGGUGCCGACGGGGCGAUCAAGGUCUGGGAUAUCAGAGGCGGCUAUGUCACACACACCUUCCAUGGUCAUGGCGGUGUCAUCUCCGCGCUCUGCUUUUUCGAGGUGUCUACUUUCGACGAAAAGUCUAGCUCCAAAAAGAACAAGUCCAAGCGCAAGUCUUUGGGUGACGAGGAUGAAGAGAUGGGCGAUGUUACUUCAGCUUCCACAGACUCGACGGCCGGGUUCCGGCUAGCGUCUGGUAGCGAAGAGGGGAGAGUGCGCGUAUGGGAUCUGCACAAGAGAAAAUCCAUUGCCUCGCUCGAGUCGCAUGUCUCUCUUGUGCGAAGCCUUUCGUACUCCCUCUCAGAAAACGCAUUGCUUUCGGCAAGUCGGGACAAAACCGUCAUCGUCUGGGAUGCGCGCACCUGGAAGAUUCGCAGGAUCAUUCCUGUGCUUGAAAGUGUCGAAGCCGCGGCUUUUCUUGCCCACACUGAGCUCUGUGUUAUUGGUGGAGAGAACGGCAAAUUGCGAGUUUUCGAUUGCAAUCGAGGCAGUGAGGUCACGCAAGAACAGGAGGCGGGCGAGGAGUUUGAGACCAUUGUCGCAAUUCAGUACUCGCUUGGUUUGUCCUUCGUGAUGACCGUCCACGCGGACCAAACACUCAGACUGCACUCGCUGGACACCCUGUCCGACUAUAAACCGGGCUCGAGUUUGGAGCCGUUGAUAGUUACCCGGCGCAUUUCUGGGAACGACGACGAGAUCAUCGAUUUGGCUUAUGUUGGGCCUGAUCGUUCGAUGCUUGCCUUGGCCACAAACACGGAAAGUAUUCGAGUGGUCUCGGUUGCCCCGUCAGAGCAUCGGCGGUCAGAGAAGGUCGAGGAGUACUUUGGUGCCGAUGUGACGCACCUGGAAGGCCAUGACGAUAUCAUCAUUUGCAUUGAUGUCGACUGGUCAGGGCACUGGUUAGCAACCGGCGCAAAGGAUAACAGCGCUCGUCUGUGGCGACUCGAUCCUCAAAAAUCGUCGUAUUCUUGUUUUGCAGUCUUCACCGGCCAUGCCGAGUCUUUGGGAGCGAUUGCCCUCCCACGAGUGCCACCACCGGUUGGCAGCUCUGCAUACAACGACCCUGUGAACCACCCGCCAUCGUUCCUGGUUACUGGCUCGCAAGACCGCACCAUUAAGCGAUGGGAUAUUGCCAAACUGGCUCCGCUCGAGGGGUCCAAGCCGCACACUCCUAAGGCGAUCUACACUCGCAAGGCGCAUGAGAAAGAUAUCAAUGCCAUCGAUAUCGACUCAUCACUCUCCCUGUUUGCAUCAGCAUCACAGGAUCGCACGGUUAAGAUCUGGUCCACCGAAGAAGGAUCCGCAGUGGGUGUUCUCCGUGGUCAUAAAAGAGGUGUCUGGUCUGUACGAUUCGCUCCGCCAAACACGCCAGUGGUCAAUUCAGAGUCGGGCACUAGCACUAGCCGGGGGCUGGCUGUCACUGCUUCAGGCGAUAAGACGGUCAAGCUGUGGAGCCUUUCCGACUAUAGCUGCCUUCUCACUUUCGAAGGACACACAAAUAGCGUUUUGAAAGUUCUUUGGCUCCCUCCUCCACAGGUCUCCAACCCAGCCGGGGACGACGACGACGAAGAAGCCGCAUCGGCAAGUCACACCGCAACUCAAACCCGCCCUCUCAUCGCCUCUGCCGCCGCCGACGGUCUGGUGAAGAUCUGGUCUCCUUACACAGGCGAGGUCGAAACGACCCUUGACAACCACACCGACCGAGUCUGGGCCCUGGCCAGUCCAACGCCCUCCGGCUCCCGCUCCGACAUCAAACCCACCUCCUCCAAACUCAACACCACCCCCUACGCGCUUGCCUCGGGCUCCGCCGACGCAACGGUCUCGUUCUGGGCUGACACUACCUCAGCAACGUACACGGCCAGCGUGAACGCCAACUCGGCGCGCGUGGAGCACGACCAGCAACUCCAGAACUACAUCCGCGCCGGCGCCUACCGCGAAGCCAUCACCCUAGCCCUGCAACUCAACCACCCAGGCCGGCUACUCUCUCUCUUCAAGACGGCCAUCGACGCCGCCGACGACCCGACUCUGCCGGUCGAGGACCGCGAGCUCGCGGCCAAUAGUCUCUCAGGUAACCCGUCCAUCGACGAGGUCCUGCAGAGUCUCGAUGCCACGAACCUACGCACGCUUCUGCUCCGUCUUCGCGACUGGAACACCAACGCACGCAACUCGCGCGUCGCGCAGCGUAUCUUGUUCGCGCUGUUCCGCUCCUAUCCGGCCUCGACCUUCGUCGAGCUGGCUACCCAGUCUGUGCGCGGGAAGAACGGCCGCGCUGCUGCUGGCAUGAAGGAUAUCCUGCAGGCGCUGACCAUGUACACGGAGCGGCAUUAUCGCCGGGUCGAGGAGCUGGUCGAUGAUAGCUAUCUGGUCGAGUGGGUGCUCGGUGAGAUGGAUGGUGGUGUUGCACUCGGCGGACUGGGUGCUGUCAACGGCGACGCCGAGCAUGAAAAGGACGUGAUUAUGUUGGAGGCAUAA